GGGACGCGGGUCCGGUGGGCGGGGGCCGGGCAGGUGCUCCGCGGCUGUGUGUGACACCGAGAGCCGGCGGGCCGUCUCGGCCCCCAGAGACCCGGCCAUGGUACGGGCGGGCGCCGUGGGGACGCAUCUCCCCGCGUCCGGCUUGGACAUCUUCGGGGACCUGAGGAAGAUGAACAAACGCCAGCUCUAUUACCAGGUCUUAAACUUUGCCAUGAUCGUGUCUUCCGCCCUCAUGAUAUGGAAAGGCUUGAUCGUGCUCACGGGCAGCGAGAGCCCCAUCGUGGUGGUGCUGAGUGGCAGCAUGGAGCCGGCCUUUCACAGGGGAGACCUUCUGUUCCUCACAAAUUUCCGGGAAGACCCCAUUAGAGCUGGUGAAAUAGUUGUUUUUAAAGUUGAAGGACGAGACAUUCCAAUAGUUCACAGAGUGAUCAAAGUUCAUGAAAAAGAUAAUGGAGACAUCAAAUUUCUGACUAAAGGAGAUAAUAAUGAAGUUGAUGAUAGAGGCUUAUACAAAGAAGGCCAGAACUGGCUUGAAAAGAAGGACGUGGUGGGAAGAGCAAGAGGGUUUUUACCAUAUGUUGGUAUGGUCACCAUAAUAAUGAAUGACUAUCCAAAAUUCAAGUAUGCUCUUUUGGCUGUAAUGGGUGCGUAUGUGUUACUAAAACGUGAAUCCUAAAAUGAGAAGCAGUUCCUGGGACCAGAUUGAAAUGAGUUCUGUUGAAAAAGAGAAAAACUAAUAUAUUUGAAAUGUUCUACUUUCUGUAUGAAAGGAAACAGUGUGGAGAUGUUUUUGUCUUGCCCAAAUAAAUGAU